UGUUUCGCAAAUUUGUAUGCGGGAACAAACAAAAGUCGAAAUAAGUUUUGAGAUCAUUCAUACCAGAAUAGUUGCACAUAGAAUAUCAGUAAUAAGGCCACCGUUCUCACUGUUCGGAGCUACCUAUAAAAAGAAUUAAUUUUCUGGAUUCGGCAUCAGUUUUAAAACAUCACUUCAAGGAAUCGAGUCUGCCAUUAGCUUGCACUAUGAACUGUAAAUUGGUCGUACUUUCAGCACUUUUGUGCAUAGUGGCCGCCGAUGUUAGUGAAAUCCAAAGCCAUCCCAAAGGGCGCGUUGUGUUGAAGUCCGUGCAUCUGCGUCCCGCUGCCCACAAACACAAGCUAAAGGUCCGAGAAAUAGAUGGCGACGCCGAUGCUCAACUGUUCGAAACGAUUAUCAUCGAAGACGACGCCAAAGUAGAACAGGAACUGGCCCCGCUGCAACUGGUUGUGGCCCCUAUAGAAGAAUCGAUCCAACCCAUAGCAUUCCAGCUGCACGAAUCGCAUCCAGACUUCCAAGGACCGUACCAUUACGAGAAGCCGGUGAUCGAAAAUGAUUACCUGGCGCCAAAACCCGACGGUGACUAUUUGCCACCGCACGGUCCUCGAGAUUCAAGCGAUGGCGUGGCGAAGCGGAGCAUCAAGCUGAAAUUACGUGCUCGUCAUUAGGUUUGAUAGUGAAUGGUGAUUUCGAUAUGAUGCAUAGAAAUUGUGUUCGGAAGUAACGGUUUACCCAAAGUAAGAUAAAAAAUAAACCAAUGAAUUUUGCAAUCAUGGAUGCAUACA